GCAGCCACAGGAACAAGUCUUCAGGCUGGCCUCACCCUUCAGGGACCUGGAGCUUGAACCAGGGGACACCUUAUGGAUGGGAGAUGACGGCAAACAGAGAUGGAAGAGACUACUUCAUCAAUCACAUGACACAAUCAGCCACAUUUGAAGACCCUCGAAUAGAGAGCUGCCAAAUAACCCCUCCAGCCCCUCGGAAAGUGGAAAUGAGGAGGGAUCCUGUGCUAGGAUUUGGGUUUGUGGCUGGUAGUGAAAAGCCAGUUGUUGUACGCUCAGUAACACCAGAAAAGAAGGUCUUCUCCCUGUUAUGUUUAUAUUGGUUUGAUGUCACCUUCAUUGCCAUUGAAUCAGUGUUUCGAGAGGCGGCCCCUCUGAAGGAAAGCUUAUACCAGGGGAUCAGAUCAUAAUGAUUAAUGAUGAGCCAGUCAGCACUGCUCCAAGGGAGAGAGUCAUCGACCUUGUCAG